AUGGUAAGAGCAGAUUUGAAAAUAAAUAUAGCAGCUAUUCAGGCCUUUGCUAGUUCUCAGUUACAGUACCCGGUUUCGUACAAGAAAGCAUGGAAGGCCAAACAAAAGGUUAUCGAGAAAUUAUUUGGGACAUUUGAAGCUUCAGACAAUGUCCUCCCUAGAUUGUUGCAAGCAAUACAAGUUUCAAAUCCAGGCUUGGUGGUUAAUUUUAACUAUAAGGACAUUGUCAGCAAUCGGGCUACGUUUGGUCAUGUAUUCUGGGCAUUUUGGCCUUCUAUAGUCGGCUUUCAAUCCUGUCGUCCUUUGAUAAGUAUUGAUGGCACACAUUUGUAUGGGAAAUACAAAGGCAAAUUAUUGAUCGCGGUUGGGUUUGAUGCAGAUAAUGGCCUUAUCCCGUUGUGCUUUGCUAUUGUAGACGAAGAAAGUGCUGAUAAUUGGGGAUGGUUCAUAGCAUGCAUUCGUUCUUAUGUUACCGAUCGAAGAGGCAUUUGUGUGUUGUCUGAUCGACACGCUGGUAUUUUGGCAGCAAUGCAUGAUGGUUGGCCAGAACCAUUUGCUUAUCACAGGUAUUGCUCGAGACAUUUUGUGAGUAAUUUCAACACUCAUUUUAAAGAUAAAGAUUUGAAACAAGCAGUUGUCACAAUGGCUAACGAAGAAUCUAAGGAAAAAUUCAACUUUUGGAUGUCGCGUGUUAAGGAUUUGAACAUUGCUGCGUAG